GCAAUCACGCCCUGAAAUGUCAAAAUUCGGCGCGUUGUGUAAAAACGGCCGGCCGCCAUCUAUCAUCUGUCUCUUUUGACAUCUUGCCUACUCCUUUCAAUUUGGUGUUCCUCCAAAUCAGACAUUAAAAAUGAAGCUCAACGUUUCUUUUCCCGCUACGGGAUGCCAAAAGCUUUUCGAAGUUGUUGAUGAACACAAAUUGCGUGUGUUCUAUGAGAAGCGUAUGGGCCAAGUUGUCGAAGCCGAUAUCCUCGGUGAUGAAUGGAAAGGCUAUAUGCUCCGUAUUGCCGGUGGUAACGACAAGCAAGGUUUCCCCAUGAAACAGGGUGUCCUCAGCCAUGGUCGUGUUCGUUUGUUGUUGAAGAAGGGACACUCCUGCUACCGUCCCCGCCGUACUGGUGAACGUAAACGUAAAUCAGUCCGUGGUUGCAUCGUUGAUGCCAACAUGUCUGUCUUGGCUUUGGUCAUCGUCAAGAAGGGUGAAAAAGACAUCGCUGGUCUUACCGAUACCACCGUUCCCCGUCGCUUGGGUCCCAAGAGAGCCAGCAAGAUCCGCAAGUUGUACAACUUGAGCAAGGAAGAUGAUGUCCGUCGUUUCGUUGUACGUCGUCCCCUCCCCGCCAAGGACAACAAGAAGGCCACCUCCAAGGCCCCCAAGAUCCAACGUCUCAUCACUCCCGUUGUCUUGCAAAGGAAGCGCAGACGUGUUGCUUUGAAGAAGAAACGUCAAGCCGCCUCCAAGGAAGCUGCCGCUGAUUACGCUAAAUUGUUGGCCCAAAGAAAGAAGGAAAACAAGGCCAAGCGUGAAGAAGCCAAGAGACGUCGUUCCGCCUCGAUGCGCGAAUCCAAGAGCUCCAUCUCCAGCGACAAGAAGUAAACAAAGCAUAUUGU